CCCGUAGCCCCGCCCUCCCUGUGUUUCCAGCCCUGCCUACCGGCGCAGCCUGAGCCGCCGAGUGCCGGUCAGCGGGCGCCGAGAAAUGGACCAAAUGGACCAGUUUUGACAAGAUGUAGUGUGACAACACUUCCGAUUGGACAUGUUCAGUCAUGGCAUCCGAAAUCUGUAAGACGAUCUCUGUGGCCAGGCUUGAAAAGCACAAGAAUUUGUUCUUAAAUUACAGGAAUCUGCAUCAUUUUCCACUGGAGUUACUGAAGGAUGAGGGGCUGCAGCACCUGGAGAGGCUCUAUAUGAAAAGGAACUCCCUGACAACCUUGCCAGAAAACCUUGCUCAGAAGCUUCCAAACCUUGUGGAACUGUACCUUCACUCAAAUAACAUAGUUGUGGUUCCAGAAGCCAUCGGGUCCCUUGUGAAACUCCAGUGUCUGGAUCUCAGUGACAAUGCCUUAGAGAUCGUUUGCCCAGAAAUUGGUCGUCUGAGAGCGUUGCGUCAUCUUCGAUUAGCUAAUAACCAGCUACAAUUCCUACCUCCAGACUUUGGUUCUGAAACACUGUCUACAUUCUUGACACAUGAAGAUGACAUGGCCACUUCAGUGCCUCUGCAUGUUGUGUAAAGAAAACCUUAAAAGUGAAGAAGGACAAAGAGAUGUCUUAAUAAGACACAUAUACUGUACAAACAAAACCUAAAUUAUAUAUAAAUACACCCCACCCAGCAUGCCUUCCUUUUCCCACUACCUGCCCAAAGCAAUGCCAAAGGCUCGUCUCUCUAAGACCCAUGCAGCGUACGAAACGCCAACCAUCCCUAGCCUUGCAGAUACAUCAGUCAUCUGCAGCCUAUUGGUGGUUCUGCAAGUGCAGGGAAGCGGUUUCCCCGGAAGCAUUAUUACUCUUGGCUGAGAUCCCGGGACUUAAUCUUCCCGGUGACCAAACUGGAUCCCACUGUAUCUACCAGGGAGGCAGCACUACCUGCUCAGAAGCUCCAGAGGCACCGCUCAGGGAUACUGGGAAGAGUCUCAGAAGAGAAAGUGUACAAUGAGCUAACAGUCUAGGUUAAUAUAAAUUCUUUCUCAGUAAGUAAUUUGGGGCAACUUGCUUCUGCUUUACACUGCAUUGUGGAAUCAUUCUCAUAGUAUACUAUUAAAAACUGAUAUAUAGUUAUUUUAAAAGCUAUCUAUGUAAUCACCUCUUAUAUGCUUUCCAUUAAUUUAAUAACAACUUAAUGAGCUAUUAUGUAAAUCUAAGGAGUAGUUAGCCUUAAGGAAGCCAAUACUGUGCUAAUUCACAGGAAGGAGAAAAAGCAACGCAAACAAAAGUUCACAUCAUCAACAAGAACUUUAGAGUUUUGUCAAAGUGUUGCAAAAAUGUCCCCCAAAGCAUUUAUAGCAAUUUAUGUUAAGAAGCCAAAGUUGAGGGAUAAGGAGAACGCACUCAAAUUCUUUAAGGUAAAAAUCCACUUAUUUUAUGCUUGUAAUACAUAAAUUUCCCCUCAGACCUAAGUUCAUAAUUUGUAGACAUUGCUCAUUCUCUGAUACAUUAAUACAUAUACUAAAUAUAAAUAAAUUAAUCAAGAAUGCUUAAAAAUCCAAGUUAACAUGAUGCUGUAUCGAAAAACAAGACAAAAACAAAAAAACAAAACAACCCCCAAGAAAACAUAAAAACCAAACCUUGCACAAUCUCCAUUCUGUGUAAAUACCCCCACUAAAAUGUCAGUUGUGCUAAGGGAUUCCACUUCAGUGCAGAAAUGCAUUGAUUUGAUGUAUCCUUGUUGGUUUUAAGGUCUUUAGCACUUCUGUUUCUAAGUAUCACCUUGCUUUGAAAUGAUGAGUAAUUGCUACCAAAUCACAAAUCAUCACAAAUCUAUUUUAGUUUAGUCUGAAUAAAAUCCAGCAUAAAUGU